AUGGGAAGAAAACAUCGAGUCAGCAGAUUUGGAGGAAAAGUACUCCAGACAACCACUCCCAGUGAGAUUUUCAAACUACGAUCGUCACUGUCGGAGCUAGUUCGUGUUACGGUUUACAUUCGCCGUUUUCGGUUCAACGCUCAAACAGUCAACCGCAACUGCAGAAGGCGCAGUCCUAUCACUGCAUCAGAACUCGAUGAGGCAUUACAAAUGCUAGUCCGGCUAGCUCAACAAGAAAGCUUUCCGCAGGAGCUUACCGAUUUGUCUAAGCAACUCCACGUGCGAGAUUCGUCGCGCAUUAUUUCACUAAAGCCGAUUCUCAGGGAAUGCAUACUGUGCGUCGGCGGCCGGUUACGGCAUGCAGCUGUGUCACCGAAUCGCAAGCAUCCGUAUAUUCUUGACCCUCAUCACCCGCUGACAAAAAUCGUAGUUGUUUACUACCAUCGGAAGCUAUUCCAUGCGGGACAGCACCUGUUGAUUUCGGCUAUGCGAGAGCGUUUCUGGCCAGUGUUCACCAGAAACCUGGUACAGCAGGUAAUCCACGAGUGCGUCGCUUGCUUUCGAGUACGGCCCAAGGCACAGGAUCAAAUCACGGCAGAUCUUCCACCCAAGAGAGUAACUCCCUGUUCACUGUUUCGAAGAGUCGGAGUCGAAUACUGUGGACCAUUUUCUUUGGUCUAUCCGCAUCGACGUUGCCAGCCUGCAAAAUGUUUUGUCGCAGUUUACGUUUGCCUAGUCACCAAGGCAGUACACUUGGAGAUAGUCGCAGACCUCACCACACAAGCGUUCCUGGCAUCGUUGAAGCGAUUUACAUCUCGACGUGGUAGACCCGAUUUGAUUAUAUGUGACAAUGCUAAGAAUUUCGUCGGUGCAAAACGGGAGCUGGAUGAAAUUCGCCGGCUGUUUCACAACCAACAGUUCCACAACGCAGUCACAAAAGAGGCAGCAGACGACCCAAACUUCGGCGGGCUGUGGGAGUCCGCGGUGAAAUCCUUCAAGACGCUUUUCAAACGUUCGAUCGGCUUGCACACUCUAGUGUAUGACGAAAUGCAAACGGUUUUGGUUCAGAUCGAGGCGAUUUCGAACUCACGACCGCUCACCCCAGUUAGUAACGACCCAGACGACUACGAAGCGCUAACACCGGGACAUUUCCUGGUACAGCGACCUCUGACAGCAAUUCCAGAACCCGAUCUUGAAGUGAUACCAGAAAACCGACUCUCGGCUUGGCAAAAAACACAGUGGUUCACGCAGCAGUUGUGGAAGAAAUGGUCGACACAGUACUUGUCGAAUCUUCACAACAGGACAAAGUGGACACGGCAAAGAGACAACCUACGCGUAGGCACUAUGUGUUUGGGCCUAGGGGUGGCCCUUGCUGUGGAAAAUUUGCAGCUUGCUGUUGGUGGCUGGCUAUGUUUACACUUGUCCGCAGACAAAUAA